AUGGCGGAAUUGAUCGAGGCAUCUUCCUCCUCCUCCUCUGCCUCUUCAUCCAGAUCUUCUAAUUACGAUGUGUUUCUCAACUUCAGGGGUGAAGACACUCGCAAAAACUUCACUGGUUUCCUUGACUAUGCUCUGAAGAACAAAGGAAUCAAUGUUUUUAUUGAUAACGAAGAAUUGUGGACUGGAGAAGCCAUUGGCCCAGCCCUCCUUAGGGCGAUCCAAGGCUCCAAAAUCUGUAUCCCUGUCUUCUCCAAAGGCUAUGCUUCAAGCAAAUGGUGCCUCCUUGAACUUUCUAAGGUACUCCAUUGCCACCAAGCCAACGUUCAAUUAGUCCUCCCCGUAUUCCUCGAUGUUGAACCAUCGGAUGUUCGGAAUCAGACCGGAAGCUUUAAGGGACCAUUUCGGAAACAUGAGAAGAAUUUUAAGCCCCAAAUCGUAGAGGGUUGGAGGAAAGCUUUGCAAUUGGUAGGUAGUCUGAAGGGAUAUGUUCUCAAGGACGACGCAAAUGGAGAUCAAGCAAAGCUAGUUGAAUUAGUUGUCAGAAGGGUUCGAAAUUAUUUGAUCAGUAGCACCCAGUUGGUUGAAUGUAAAUACCGCAUUGGAAUAGAUUUCCAUGUAAAUAAAUUAAUAUCUUUAUUAGAUAUUGAUUCCUAUGAUGUUCAGUUCGUGGGAAUUUGUGGUAUUGGUGGCAUUGGGAAGACAACUAUUGCCAAGGCUAUCUAUAAUAGGAUCCAUUUGGACUUCAAUAAGCAUAGUUUUCUUCCAGACGUUAGAGAACGAGCGGCACAAUGCAUGGGUCUAGCAUCUUUGCAGAAGCAACUUCUUGAAGAUAUUCUUGGAAGAAACAUUGACAUAGCUGAUUAUCAUAGAGGAAAAAAAGGGAUAGAACAAAGACUUUGUAGAGAAAAGGUUCUUCUUGUUUUUGAUGAUGUGGACGAUAAAAAACAGGUGGAUGCUUUGGUUGGUGAACUCAGCUGGUUUGGUAAAGGAAGUAGGGUCAUAAUCACCUCCAGAGACGAACUAAUUUUGAAUAUGGCUAAAAUUAAAGAAGCUAAAAUCUACAGGCCUCAACUAUUCAACUAUGAGGAAUCUCUUCAACUCUUUAGUUUACAUGCCUUUUCAAUGGACCGACCACCUGAAGAUUUUAUGCAAUUUGCACAUAGUGUGGCAGUCUAUUCGGAUGGGUUGCCUUUGACUCUAGAGUUACUGGGGUCUUACCUAUCGAACGUAAGAAGCAAAAAAGUGUGGAAAAGUACAUUACAAAAGUGGAAAAAAAUUCCGCAUGAAGAAGUCCAAAGAAGGUUGAAAAUAAGCUAUGAUAAUCUACAAGAUGGUUAUCAAAAAGCCAUAUUUCUUGAUGCUGCAUGCUUUUUCAUUGGAUGGGAGAAAGAAACAAUAAUUACUAUAUGGGAAGCUUGUGGAUAUCAUCCUGAAUCUGCAAUACACAGAUUAAUUACAAUGUCCCUUCUAAAAUUUGAUGGUUGUUACUUGAGGAUGCAUGAACAAAUCCGUGACAUGGGAAGGAACAUUGUCAAGGAAGAAAAUCUUAUGGAGCCGGUUAAGCGUAGUAGGUUAUGGUGUCAUGACGAAAUCUUGGAAGUAUUAGAUGGACACAAGGGAACUGACCUGGAAGGCAUGAUCCUUCCAUCUAACUUAACAAGUGUUUAUCCAGAUGGGGUUUAUCUAGAUCGUAAACACUUUGAGGUGAUGUCCAAGCUAAGAUUUCUCGAAAUUAGUUCAGCAAAAUUCAGGGGUGAGUUUUCGUGCCUUCCUUUUGCGUUAAGAUGGCUCAGGUGGAAGAACUGCCCUUGGGAUAUUCUACCAACCAAUUUUCGUCAUGAGAGACUAGUUUAUCUUGACCUUUCGAUGAGCAAUAUUAAACAAGCUUGGAAUAUCAGCCCUCAAGAUAAAAAUAAGCGGUUCAAAAAGUUGGAAGUUCUCGAUUUGAGUGAAUGUAGAUAUCUGUCCAAGUCCCCAGACUUUUCAUGGUUUCCUUACCUGGAGCGAUUAGAUCUUCGAUGCUGCUAUUCAUUAGUUAAGUUAGACGAGUCCAUUGGGCAGUUGAGUCAGCUAAAAAGUCUUAUUCUUAGUAAGUGUUGGUCAUUGGAGGAGUUGCCUGAGUCUAUUGGAGAUCUAAAAUCUUUGGUUGAGCUGAAAUUGAAUUGGUCAAGAAUUAAGGCAUUGCCCAAUAGUGUUGGUCUGUUGGAGAAGCUUGAGGUAUUAGAUGCUGGGGAAUGCAAUGAUCUAGUGAAGCUACCAAGAUCAAUGUGGAGAAUGAGAUUUUUCAAUGCUCCAGAAUUUAGUGGAGUUAGACAUUUCGAAGAGACAGAGAGUGACUCUACAAGGGGCGUCAUUUCCUGA